GAGACAGAGGGAGAAUUAAAGUGAAAGAUAAGCAGAGAGAGAAACAAGUCUAGGUAGCGUUACAGCUCCGGGUACUAAGUCCAACACUGACUCGCAACAUUUCUCUUUUCUCCUCCGCAGUUUUUAAUGCAUAUACGUAUUUUACCGAAAAGACAGGUUGAAAUACCAGACAGCAGCGGUGUCAGUUUGGUGUCCCAGUUUGGUGGAAGGCUGUCCCGGGACAGACGCACACAUCUGUAAUAACAGACAGAGCCACAGCGACACGGACAAAGCCCCAGGGAAGAGGACCGUGUCAACAUGCCAGUGCGACAGAAAGAUGCCCAGAGAGCCCUGGAGCUUCUCCAGCAGUACCGGGCCAAACUAGACCAGAGACAGCAGAACCAGAACCAGACCAAACAGGGCCCUGUGGAGGAAGAUCGGCACCUGCAGCAGUCACUGGACAGAGUUAUCAAUGUCUUCCAAAGUCAGCUCUUUUGCGCUCUGCUCGAUAUUCAGGAGUGCUACGAGUUUACUAUUCUUGCAGACAGCACAUAUUCUGUGGACCAGAAAGAGGGUGUCGGGAACCUGUCUGCCUCCUGUAACCUGCCAGCAGAGCUCUCAACACAGCCACAGGCCUCCUCUGCUCCCCUGAGUCCACAAACAUCUGGAGUACCAUCUAAGCCAAAACCCCUGACCCCCAAACCCAGGUCAUUCAAGUCUCUUGCCCCUCCAGUCCCAUCUGGAAUACCCACGAUACAGCCAUCUUCCCCUGCAGCACAGUCCAAUACACCUCAGUCACAGUCAAUGAAGCUCAAGUACCGUGCCCCUCUUCCUCCUGUUCAGUCAGAAGCUUCGAAGCCUUCAGCAGCAGAGAACUUUAAGCCCUCUUCUCCCAUUACUGCCACAUCACCUGGAGCGAACUGUGUAGAAACCCCCACCGGCUCCAUAAAAACACCUACUGGGGUGUCACUGAAUGGAACAAAGGCAAACCUUGGUGCCACCAACUUUGAUGUUUCUUCAGAAAGCUCUACCACCUACGUCAAUCCACAAAGCCUUCCCUCCUCACCCGACCUUGGCCCUGUGACCGUCUCAGCCCUUGUUUCCAGCACCAUUCAAGGGCUUGUAUCACCUACUACUCCAGACAAACUCACCCCCAGCAGCACCAGCCCAAGCACCAGCCCAGGUCCCAGCAGAGUCACCUCUCCGGCUCUUACGACCAGCACAAACCAAGCAUUAAGCAAAGUCACUCCCAGUAAGAGUCCAACUAGCCCCAACCAGGGAAAAUUUACCUUCAGCCUCCGCAGCCCCAUAAGUCCAUCAGAUCCAUCAGGGCCUUGGACCAAAGGACCUCAUCUGAGUCCAACCAGCCCUGGGCCAGUAAAAGUCGCCUCCCCUAGCCCCAGGCAUGGUCCAGCCAGCCCAAGGCCAGCUACAAGUCCACUGACCCCCAACAAGGCCAACCCCCCACCAGUGGUGGUCAACACAGACAGCGUCGACACCCCCCCAUAUGUCAAUGGAACAGAAGCAGACUAUGAGUAUGAGGAAAUCACCCUGGAGCGGGGUAACUCAGGCCUCGGGUUCAGUAUUGCAGGAGGAAUUGAUAACCCCCAUAUCGGAGAGGACCCUUCCAUCUUCAUCACCAAGAUUAUACCUGGAGGGGCCGCAGCACAGAAUGGACGACUUAGAGUGAAUGAUUGCAUAAUGCGGGUGAAUGAGACAGAUGUCAGAGAGGUGACCCACAGUGGGGCUGUGGAGGCGCUGAAGGAGGCAGGAGCACUGGUAAAGCUGUGUGUGCGACGCAGGAGGAGCCUCACUGAGAGAAUCAUGGAUAUCAAGCUGGUCAAGGGGCCUAAAGGUUUAGGAUUUAGUAUAGCGGGUGGAGUUGAGAACCAGCACAUCCCUGGCGACAAUAGCAUCUAUGUGACUAAAAUCAUUGAGGGAGGGGCUGCACAUAAAGACGGACGGCUGCAGAUAGGGGACAAACUUCUGGCUGUAAAUAGUUCCUGUUUGGAGGAAGUAACUCAUGAGGAGGCAGUGGCUGCCCUGAAGUCAACUCCUGACGUUGUGUACCUCCGUGUGGCCAAACACACCUCCCUUUUUAUCAACGACAGCUUCCCUCCUCCUGACGUUACUAACUCAUACUCCUCUAAUCAAGACAACCAUAUAAACCCCUACAUGAGUGGCAGUCAGUCUGUAAGCCCCGCCCCACUGACUACGCCCAGAUACUCACCGCAGCCCAGGGCCACGACCGGAGAUGACGACAUCCCCAGAGACCCCAGACGGGUGGUGCUCCAGCGAGGCUCUACAGGUCUUGGCUUCAACAUCGUAGGAGGGGAGGAUGGAGAGGGAAUCUUCAUCUCCUUCAUUCUCACUGGAGGUCCAGCUGAUCUCGGUGGGGAGCUACGAAAGGGAGACCGCCUCCUCUCGGUGAAUGGGGUGGACCUGUCCGGCGCAACACAUGAGCAGGCAGCUGCAGCUUUGAAGAACGCAGGACAGACCGUUACCAUAGUAGCACAGUACAGACCAGAGGAAUAUAGUCGUUUUGAAGCGAAGAUUCAUGACCUGAGGGAACAGAUGAUGACGAGCAGUGUCAGUUCCAGCUCCACGUCGCUCCGAUCCACACAGAAACGCACGCUCUACAUCAGAGCGUUGUUCGACUACGAUGGAAGUGCGUCCGAUCUGAGUGCGCCCAAUCAGGCUUUGACGUUUCAUUUCGGGGAUAUCCUCCAUGUGAGCAGCACUGGUGAAGAGGAGUGGUGGCCCGCCCGUCACUUCAGCCCCCCGCCCCCCAACUGCCCUGAAGUUGGGGUCAUCCCCAGCCGCAGGAGGGCAGAGAAGAAGGAGAGGUCAAGGUUAAAGACAGUCAAAGUGACCAGGUCUCAGGAGAGAUCGGAUGAGGAUGAUAAAGCUGGACAAGAGGAGACCUUCCUCACCUACCAGCCUGUUAUGCAGCAGGAAGUUAAUUACUCACGGCCAGUCAUCAUACUCGGACCAAUGAAAGAUCGGGUCAACGAUGACCUUAUCUCUGAGUUCCCUGACAAGUUCGGCUCCUGUGUCCCACAUACAACACGACCACGAAGAGAGUACGAAGUAGAUGGCAGAGAUUACCACUUCAUGUCCUCCAGAGAGCUCAUGGAACGAGAGAUCCAAGAGCAUAAGUUCAUCGAGGCUGGACAGUACAACAACCACCUGUAUGGAACCAGCAUACAGUCUGUCAGAGAAGUUGCUGACAAGGGUAAACACUGCAUACUGGAUGUAUCAGGGAACGCAAUAAAGCGUCUCCAGAUGGCAGGCAUACAUCCCAUUGCUAUCUUCAUUAGACCACGCAAUGUUGACAACAUCCUAGAGAUGAGCAAGCGUUUCACUGAGGAGCAGGCGAGGAAGACCUACGACAGAGCUGUCAAACUGGAGCAAGACUUCACAGAGUACUUCACUGCUAUUGUCCAGGGCUCGUCUCUAGAGGAAGUACAUUCACAAGUGAAGCAGAUCAUUGAGGAGCAGUCUGGUCCUUACAUCUGGAUACCCACCAAGGAGCGACUCUGAAUAAACAUGCUAUGUAUUCACAUAUAGAUCACUAUUUCAACACUUCCUACUUCCCUGAUUUUCUAUUAUCAGCCUGCUUCCUCUCUCUCUAUCUCACAUACACAUCACUACACAAA